AGAAAACUUCCAAUUUCUUCAAACUUCUAACUUCUUCUUAUCUUUCUCUCUCCUCAAAACCCAUUCAUCAACACAUUCACACAGAAAGAGAGAGAAAGUUAAGAGACAGGGAAACAUCAAGGGUUGAAGUUGAAAACCACUUGUACAUACACACAGAGAGAGAAAAAGAAAGAUCAACGUUGGCAUGGGUACCCUUCGAACUUGGAGAAAAGCCUUUGGCGCUCUCAAAGACACCACCAAAGUGGGUAUCGCCCAUGUCAACAGCGAUUAUGCGGAAUUGGAUGUUGCCAUAGUCAAAGCCACGAACCAUGUUGAGUGUCCUCCAAAAGAGAGACACCUUAGAAAAAUUCUGUAUGCCAUUUCUGCUACACGACCAAGAGCUGAUGUUGCUUACUGCAUUCUUUCCCUUUCCCGUAGAUUGGCCAAGACGCGAAACUGGACGGUGGCAUUAAAAACAUUGAUAGUCAUCCAUAGGUUAUUGAGGGAGGGUGAUCCUACUUUUAGAGAAGAGCUUCUUAAUUUCUCACAAAGAGGACGCCUACUUCCACUUUCUAAUUUCAAGGAUGAUUCUAGCCCUAUUGCUUGGGAUUGUUCUUCCUGGGUACGCACAUAUGCAUUAUUUUUGGAAGAAAGGCUUGAAUGUUUCCGUGUUCUGAAGUAUGAUAUUGAAGCUCAGCGUCUACCCAAGUCUCUCCCUGAGCAGGACAAGGGUUACAGCAGGACCAGGGAUUUGGACAGUGAGGAGCUAUUGGAGCAGUUGCCUGCUUUGCAGCAGUUGCUCUAUCGGCUUGUUGGUUGUCGGCCAGAAGGAGCAGCUAUUGGCAACUAUGUGAUACAAUAUGCCCUGGCUCUGGUGCUAAAAGAGAGCUUUAAGAUUUAUUGUGCUAUUAAUGAUGGCAUUAUCAAUCUUAUUGAUAAGUUUUUUGAGAUGCCCAGACAUGAAGCUAUAAAAGCCCUUGAUGUCUAUAAGCGUGCGGGUCAGCAGGCAGCAAGUCUCUCUGAAUUCUAUGAAAUUUGCAAAGGGUUGGAACUUGCUAGGAAUUUUCAGUUUCCUACUUUAAGAGAGCCUCCACAAUCUUUUCUUAUAACCAUGGAAGACUACAUAACGGAGGCACCACGAGUGGUAACUGUUCGCACUGAGCCAUUGUUGCUGUUGACUUACAGACCAGAAGAAGAUGGUCCCACAAUUGAAGAUGUUAAUUUAUCUGAAGAACAGGAGCCAUCAGUACAUCAUGAUGUUGCUGUCUCAAAUUCCGAGCCUGCUCCUCCUCCUCCUCCACCAUCACACACAACACCACCGCUCAACAAUUUUGAAACUGGAGACUUACUGGGGUUGAAUGACAGUACAGCUGAUGCAUCAUCAAUAGAAGAAAGAAACGCUCUUGCCCUAGCCAUAGUUCCCACUGAAACUGGUACCACUUAUACCUUUAACUCGAGUGCUGCUCAAGCAAAAGAUUUUGAUCCAAACGGAUGGGAGCUUGCCCUGGUCACCACUCCAAGUACCAAUAUUUCUUCAGUCAAUGAAAGACAAUUGGCUGGUGGGUUAGAUUCUCUCACCCUCAACAGCUUAUAUGAUGAAGGAGCAUAUAGAGCAGCACAGCAACCAGUAUAUGGAGCACCUGCACCAAAUCCAUUUGAAGUGCAAGACCCUUUUGCUUUAUCAAGUAGCAUCCCUCCUCCACCCAACGUGCAAAUGGCAGCAAUGGCUCAACAGCAAUUAAAUCCAUUCGGUUCUUAUCAACCUUAUCAGCCACAGCAGCAGCAGCAGCAGCAGCAUAUGUUGAUGAACCCAGCAAAUCCCUUUGGGGAUGCAGGAUACGGGGCGUUUCAUGUGAAUCCUGUUUCUCACCCACAGAAUAACAAUCCAUUUGGAAGCACUGGCUUUUUGUAAGAACACUAUUUUGGAGAUGCAGAAUCAAUCAAGCUGGUUUUUGUUGCUAGGAUAGAUAGUUUGUAGAAUGAUUUGUUUGUAAAAUCUAGAUAACACAUAAUAUCAUAAUCAUUUUGUGAUAUACGUAUACAGAUUGGUGGAUAUUUUUUUCUUUGCAUAUAUCCCCACACUCAAAUCCGCAUAUGCAUAUUAUACAAUGUUCAUGUACCUUAGAACUGAGAUUGAGUAGAUAGUGAUUAGUGUGCCAUGUACAUCACGUCAAUAACUGC